AAUGCGGAUCGGUUUCUAUUGCGCGACCUUCGCGCUGUUGGCCAUUAGUAGAGUGGUGCACAGCGCAGGAAUUUUGGAUGUCGCCCAUGGAUCGAACUAUGUGCCUUCGGCUCACACUUUAUUAGAAAACCACGGAUCAACAAGGGGAGAAAUACAGGACUCGCAAGUUAGAUUGCUCAUUGAUCAGCAACCGCCAAUUUUAAAUCCCAAUCUCGACGGCUAUGUGCCUCUGGCCAAGUCAAAAUAUUUGCUCGUUGAUCGCCAAUCAAGACAAAUUCUUAAUGACGCUGCUGAGAAUCCUUUUUCUAAAAACGCAUCCCCAGCUGGAAUUCAGGCAUUUCUGGGGACGAAAUUGGCACAAGCAAAGUUGCUGCCUCAAAUUAGCGUACAAACGGAGGCCCGCUUUCGAGGAGACGUUCUGGCACAAAUUAAAUCCCAAUCCCAAGCGCUGGCAGAACUCAAAGCACGCUUACAAGCGGUAGCUCAAUCAGAAGUAGCAGCUGAGUCGCUAAAUGAAGUGCUAGCCAAACUCAAGCUAGCUCGAGAACAAGCUAAAGCGCAAUUAGAAGCGAUAUCUCAGCUUAAAUCGAAAUUAUUAGCUCAGAUUAUUUUACUGAACAACUCUCAACGAGCAGAUUGGGCUAAGUCGCAGGCCUAUGCAAAAGCGGCAUCUCAAACCGGGAGACAGGCCAUGGAAGUAGGUAUCUCCCACUUCCAGACUGAAAAGCAAUUAAGAGAGAUGGAAAAAACACUACAUCAAAUAAAUAUGCAAGUUAACUCAGAGGUUCAAUCACGGGCCAAGGCAAAACCGGAAGCGGAAAAGCGAGCUCCCACGAAAGAUGAUGCGAUAGAACUACUGGCGCAAACUCAACAACUAUUGCAAGCCAGAUCAGACAUACUAUAUGAUCUUAAAUCACACUUGUAUGAAAUUAUUGUAUCGCUGAAAAGGUCACUAGGUAAGGCUCGAGCUCAAACACAGAAUCCUUCGCAGGCUCAAGCACACGCGCUAGCUCAACAGGAGUUACAGAUAAGACAAAUAGAGGAUAUUAAAAAUCAGAUUGUAGCUAAAUAUGGAGACACGUUACUGCCGAAAUAUAUAAUAGGCAAGCAACUGGAAUCCCUGGCUCAAUCGCAGGCUGAUGCUCAUAUAGAAAAAGCGGUUCAAUCAGCAGAGUCAAAAUCACACGUACAGAUUAUUCCGGAGCUAACACAUUCGGCGGCUUCCUUUCUUCCGGGAAACCUUACGAUUAAUUUGCAUUUAAACAUUAAAAACACCGAUAUUAUACAACCACGGACGUGUGGUAAAUGCCAGGGUACUAACCCGCCAUACUUGUCGCUAAGGGACAUCCAGAUUGACGCCAAGUUGCAGACGGUGGCCCUGAUCCAGAAAUACGGUUAUCCGUCAGAGACCCACUUUGCGCACACCGCGGAUGGCUACAAACUCUGCCUGCAUCGAAUUCCCCGGCCCGGAGCCACACCGGUCAUGUUGGUCCAUGGACUGAUGGCCAGCUCGGCCUCUUGGGUGCAAUUCGGUCCCUCGUCCGGACUGGCCUACAUCCUCUACCGCAAGGGCUUCGACGUCUGGAUGCUGAAUACCAGGGGCAAUGUCUAUUCGGAAGAGCGUGGCAAAGAUCGCCAGAGCGACAAGGACUUCUGGGACUUUUCCUUCCACGAGAUCGGCAUAUACGACAUACCCGCUGCCAUCGAUCUGGUCCUCAAGCAGACCAGCCAGCCGAGCAUCCAGUACAUUGGACACUCGCAGGGCUCCACCGUUUUCUUUGUGAUGAGCAGUGUGAGACCCGACUAUGCCACCAAGGUGAAGCUCAUGCAGUCCCUGUCCCCGACGGUCUUCAUGCAGGGAGCCCGCAGUCCUGUACUCAAGUUCUUGGGCCUGUUCAAGGGUGGCUUUACGAUGCUGCUGAAUCUGUUGGGCGGCUACAAGGUCUCCCUAAAAACCAAGCUCAUUCAGCAGUUCCGGCAGAACAUCUGCUCCGCUUCCAUGCUGACCAGCCGCAUCUGUGCCAUCUUUGACUUUGUGCUCUGCGGCUUCAACUGGCAGAGCUUCAACCAGACACUCACUCCCAUUGUGGAAGGCCACGCCUCGCAGGGAAGCUCCGCCAAGCAGAUCUACCACUUCGCCCAGAUGGUGGGCAAAAAUGUUUUCCAACGUUAUGACUAUGGGGCUUUGCGGAAUCGGUUGCGCUACCAAUCUUACGUCCCGCCCCGCUACAACCUCUCGAAGGUGAUCAGCAAGGUGGCACUUCAUCAUGGCGGAGGCGACUGGCUGGGAUCCGAAAACGAUGUGACCCUGCUCCAGCAGCGCCUGCCCAACUGCAUCGAAAAGAGGAAGGUUGGCUUCAGUGGAUUCGCCCACUUCGACUUUACGAUCUCGAAGGACGUUCGACCCCUGGUCUACGAUCGGGUCCUCGAUCUCUGCGGCUGUUUCGUGGCGAUUAAGCUGAGCACCGGAAUGACUAUCGUAUUCAAUCUCGCGAUCUGUGCGGUCACUUUUCUUAGUGCAGUUGUACCCAGCCAGAGUCAGGCAUGGAAUCCAUUCCUAGAUCCUGGGAACCAGCAACAGCAAACGGAUGAGCAGUCUCAGUCGUUGAUACAGAACUUGGAAAUUGGAUCUGGAAACCUGGAAAGCUCUGCGCAGUCGCAAUCUCAAUCGCAAUCGCAGUCACAAUCACUGUCAUUUCCCGGGUUGCAAUCCCAGUCACAGUCACAAUCGCAAAAUGUCGGGGAACAGAAUCCUGUUCAGGAUUUAGGCCUUAUACAAGCCAUCCCACAGGAAUCAAAUCCUGCAGUGUACAUAAUUGAUUCUAAGGGAAACAAACAAUCACUGUUGCAGUCACAAUUACUGCCAUCUUCGCAGUCACAGUCUCAGUCACAAUCGCAGACUUUCCAGGAACAGAAUCCUGGACCUCUCUUCUUUCAACAGAGGCCUCAAGAUGAUUUAACACAAGCAAUUCUGCAGGAAUCAAGUCCUCCGGUCUACAUCAUUGAUUCUAAGGGAAACAAAAAAUCGCUGUCACAAUCACAGUCACAAUCGCAGUCACAAUCGCAGUCACAGUCGCAGUCACAUUUGCAAUCACAAUCGCAGUCACAGACGCAGUCACAACCAAGGCCUCAAGAGGAUCUAGCUAGUCCACAAGGGAUAAUUAAACCAAUUCCUCAGCAACCAAGUCCUCAAUUUUACGUUAUUGAUUCAAAUCCAUCCGUCGAUAUUUCUAAACAAUUGUUAAACUUAAUUGAUUCACAGGUAGAUUCACCAAAAGAACAGUCCCUAGACCAGCAGCCCCCAAUUAACCCAUUGAAGCCACAAGAUUCAAAGCCAUCAAUUUAUAUCAUUGAUUCACCGCCGAAACAAGGCCCUCAGUUUGUGAUAGUUCCAUCGCAAUUCGAGGUAAGACAGCAAAAGUCACUGCCCCAAUACGUGAUAGUUGCACGUAAACCAAAGCGUAGACCUCGAAAAUCGUACCUAAUCGUUUCCCAACCAAGGAAAGUGAAUCUUUUGCCGAACAGAGAGCUUAACAUCCAAGUGAAUUUAUCGUCUCAAUAUUUGGCUCAAGAUCAGGGACAGUCGGAAAAUAAAAUUUAUGAAUUAGAAAGAAUGCUGGAGCAACUAAAGAAACAAAAAACCGUAAGCCAGUUGAAGCAGAACGACGAGAAGGCUUUCAAUUUAUUAUCCGAAUUACAUUCGAAAGUGCAUGAACAGUUACAGUUACAAUCACAGUCAUCUGGAUCACAGUCACAGAGACAGACACAGUCACAGUCACAGUCUUCCGGACUGACCCAAACACAGUCACAGUCGCAGUCACAAUCACAGUCAUCUGGCUUACUGUCCCAAACACAGUCGCAGUCACAAUCACAUUCAAACGGAUCACACAUUCUAACGCAGUCACAGUCACAGCUUAAUGCACAGAAACCUGCGAUAUCAUUCACUGCGAGUGGUUCUCAACAAUCCCUUUCGGAAAGUGGUAUUUUAAAAAGUGCCAACAUCAAUGUGGUUGCUUCGAAGUUCAAAGUAAGCAGCCCACCGAAAUACCUUACCCAGACGGACAUCUUGAUUGAUGCAAAGCUGACAACGGUAAACCUAAUUGAAAAGUACGGCUAUCCGUCGGAAACCAGCUACGUGAACUCGGACGAUGGCUACAAGCUCUGUUUACACCGUAUUCCCCGUCCCGGUGCUGAGCCUAUCCUACUGGUCCACGGUCUGAUGUCCAGUUCCGCCUCAUGGGUGGAAUUGGGACCUAAGAACGGUCUGGCGUACAUCCUAUACCGAAAGGGCUACGACGUCUGGAUGCUGAAUACGAGGGGCAACAAAUACUCUCGGGAACAAACAGGACCUCGCUUGAAACCACGGAAGUACUGGGACUUCUCCUUCCACGAAAUCGGCAAAUAUGAUGUGCCAGCCGCAAUAGAUCUUAUCCUGAAGCGCACUAGGAGGCCGAAGCUCCAAUACAUUGGCCACUCGCAGGGCUCCACCGUUUUCUUCGUGAUGUGCAGUGAAAGGCCCAAAUAUGCUAAGAAAGUGCAGCUCAUGCAGGCCCUUUCCCCAACGGUUUAUCUGCAGGAAAACCGUAGUCCAGUGCUUAAGUUCAUCAGCAUGUUCAAAGGAAAGUAUUCGAUGUUGUUGAACCUCUUAGGUGGCUACGAAAUCUCCGCGAAAACGAAGCUUAUUGAGCAAUUCCGACAACACAUUUGCUCAGCCUCGGAGUUGGCCAGUCAAAUCUGCGCCAUCUUUGACUUUGUGCUCUGCGGAUUCGACUGGAAGAGCUUUAACAAGACCCUAACCCCCAUUGUGGCGGCCCACGCCUCCCAAGGAGCCUCUGCCAAGCAGAUCUACCACUACGCUCAGCUGCAGGGUGACCUGAAUUUCCAACGUUUUGAUCAUGGACCGCUCCUGAAUCGCGUUCGUUACGAUUCCAUCGCCCCACCAGCCUACAAUCUCUCGCAGACGACCAGCAAGGUGGUGAUCCACCACGGCGGAGGUGACUGGCUGGGAUCCGACUCGGAUGUCCACCGGCUGCAGCAAAGUCUGCCCAAUCUCGUCGAGAGCCGGAAGGUCAACUUCGACGGCUUCUCGCACUUUGACUUUACGCUCUCGAAGGAUGUCCGUCCACUGGUCUACAGUCACGUCCUUCGGCACUUGUCAGUUAAGCUGAAGGGAUAGGCACAUUAAGCUAUUUACUCCCUGCGUCUUGCAGGGGCCUUUAAAAUUUUGAGUUUCAGUAAACGAAUAUUCAGUAAUAAAUCGAUUGGUUUUUUAAUGGAAAAACAAUUAAAUAAAUUGGAACUAAGCGCUUA